AUGGCUCUCUAUCCAGAUAACUCACACUUCCUUACUUAUAAUCUUCGUGGAAAUAAAACAUUUGAUAGCAGCGAUAAGACCUAUUCAAAAAUCAUCUUCAGUGCAGUCGGUCUAGGUUUAGGAUCCGUGGCUAAGCUGGCAUCUUUUGUAUUUUUGGCUUCAGCCGCUGCCACGGUAUCCAUACAAGAGAUGCUGUUGCCAACUGAUGAAGCAUAUGUUGAUAACCAGUUUGCUCUCAACCAUUUAGAGUUUGGCUUCGAAUGGUUGAGAAAGAUUCCAAACACCGCCUAUGGUACCAGAAUGGAUGAUACUGGCGUUCGUGCUAGUUUAGGAUUGAGAUUUGGGUUGUCUGUGAUUACGGGAUAUGAUUGCAAGUGUGGUUCAAAAGCAAAAACUGCUGGGUUGCCUUAG